AUGGCGUUCAUCUACCAAUAUCGGGGCUUGCGGCGCUAUGUAAACGAGCUGGUCGAUGACGCGAGUCGCGUCCCGCGCGAAACAUGCGCCACCGAACCCUCAUCGGGGCAGCCCCAUCAAACUUCCCCGAGUAAGAUCACAGAUCCCUCUCAGAUCCCUGGCAUUUCUUUGAAAUCGGAUUGUAACGGUGAAAAGUACUAUGAGGUGUCCUGGGCCACGCCACACGAUCCCUUCAACCCCCAACAAUGGUCGACGGGCCGCCGAGUGUUCGCCACCAUGUGCGUGUGCCUGAUCGGUCUAGUUACCACCAUGGCAUCAGCCAUCGAUGCCGCCGUGCUCUCUGAAGCGUCCCGACACUUUGGGGUGGCACAGGUGGCCGAGUCACUGGCAACUGAUCUUUACUUGAUUGGCUUUGGUGUUGGUGCGCUUAUCGCUAGCCCGAUGUCUGAAAUCGUAGGGCGGUUUCCGGUCUAUAUCGGCGCUCUGGUGAUUUUCGGAGCUUGGAUUCUGGGAGCGGCAUUGGCUCCGAAUUUCGGGGCGCAGCUGGCAUUUCGAUUCCUGGCUGGACUCUGUGGUUCGGCUCCGUUGACCGUGGCGGGUGGCUCCAUCUCGGAUAUCUGGAAUACUCUAGAGAAAACGUUCGGGUUUCCGAUUUUUGCCAUUCCGGGAUUCGGAGGUCCUAUUCUUGGUCCCGUUGUGGGAGCAUACAUCGGAUACAGUCGUCACAUCAGCUGGAGAUGGGCGGAAUGGACUAUGCUCAUUCUCGAUGGCUUAGUGAUUGUCGUUAUCUUUCUGUUCAAGCGUGAGACAUUCGCCCCACAGCUUCUUUACUACAAGGCUAGAUUCUUCCGCGAAGCGACCGGUGAUGCGCGAUUCAAAACGGCGCUGGGGGCCUCUGGAACGGGCAGUCUUUUGCCCGUGUUGGCGAGAAAUUUCACUCGGCCUUGGCAGUUGCUAAUGGAGCCAAUUGUGAUAUUCUUCACCUUCUAUCUGUCGAUAGUCUACAUUGUCCUCUUCACGUUCCUAGACGGAUAUGUUUAUAUAUUCUCCGAGGUAUAUGGCAUCAACGAAGGGUUGGCCAACAUUUGCUUUGUUGGGCUUUUCAUCGGCAUUAUCACGACCAUGGUUCUCGUACCCAUCCUCUAUCGCAGAACAGCCAAGCAGUUACGGGAAUCAGGCGACGAUGGAUCCGGUCGCAUGCUAGACCGGGAAUCACGACUGUUUUUCGCUCAAGUCGGAGCCCCUGCAAUUCCCAUUGGUCUUUUCUGGAUGGGAUGGACUGACUAUCCUUCCAUCUCAAUCUGGUCUCCCUUGGCCGCCUCGGUCGCCGUCGGCUUUGGAGUCAUCUGCAUUUUCCUCUCCGCAUAUAUGUAUAUCAUCGACUCAUACCAGCAAUAUGCAGCGUCUGCGCUUACAUUUGUCGCGCUGGUACGAUACUUGGCUGCGGGUGGAAUGACCGUUGUCGGAGUCCCGAUGUAUCAAAACCUUGGUACUCAUUGGACCCUUACUGUGCUGGGGAUCAUCAGCGCUGUGGCGGCGCCCAUUCCGUACGUGCUUACCUUUUGGGGGCCGUCUCUACGCAAGAGGAGCAAGUGGGCGACAGCAAUGUCUUCGUGA